UAUUUCAAGGUGAAUCCUCUGCUGGAGGCCUUUGGCAAUGCCCAGACUGUGAUGAAUGACAACAGCAGUCGCUUUGGGAAGUAUAUUCAGCUGCGCUUCCACAACUCCUCAGGUGUGUGUGUGUGUGUGUGUGCCAUUUAUUCAUCAUCUACUGUGUGUGCUUAUGUUAAUGUAUUUAUACACUUGCAAGAGAAAGUAUUUCCUGUGAAUUACGUGAUGAUUACAUUCAUACGACAAAGACAUUAGAUGCAGCAUGACUUAUUUGAGCGUUUAAUGUGUUGUAACACUGAACCUGUGUGUGUCUGCAUGUGUAUGUGUGUGGUGCUGUGAUCUAACAGUAAAAGGAGCUAAGAUCAAUGAGUACCUCCUGGAGAAGUCUCGUGUGGUCCACCAGGAUGAGGGCGAGAGGAACUUCCAUAUCUUCUACUGCAUGCUGGCGGGUAUCUCCCCGGACGACAAAGACAUGUAUGGACUCCUGGACCCCACGCAGUACAGGUGGGUCCCACUGUGAUGUCAUCACUUUGCAACGUUUCCUCAACAGGUAGCAAUACAGUGGCUGUGGUCUGGGAAUCAGUUAGAAAAUACAUUUACAUUUUACAUUUUAGUCAUUUAGCAGACGCUCUUAUCCAGAGUGACUUACAGUUAGUGAGUGCAUACAUUUUCAUACUGCCCCCCCCGUGGGAAACGAACCCACAACCCUGGCGUUGCAAGUGCCAUGCUCUACCAACUGAGCUACAGGGGACUACAUUCCACUCUAGACUUGACAUUGUUUACAAUGCUGACAGAUGGGUCUAUAAAGAGGUACAGAAUACAUAUCUAGCUGAACCAACCACAGAACCACUGAAAGCUCCUGCGUGUCGGUAUCUUCACUAGUUGUUCCUGGCACCAAACCUGUAAACAAUCAUGUUCAGUUGAACUUCAGAUACCCACCUGGAUACCCUUCUGCUGGAAACUUGGCAAGAAGAUACACACAAACACUAAAUGUUUCAACAGAAGUCAAGGGGGACAUUUAAAUGUGGUAAAGGAAAAACAAGGUCUGAAUAGUGGUUUCUAAAAAUCAAAAGUAAGGAACAAGUUGUUUAUCACAUUGAAUAUGAACUUUGUAGUAGAGUGGAGUUGCUUGUUAAAAAUCAUACAAUCAUACAAUCAUACCACACUGUCAUCAAGGUGUCAUAGGUCACACACUCUCUGUAAUCACUAAUAGCGUGAUGCCCUCUUACUGUGACAGUCUCAGCAGGGUGAGAUACUGACUUGCUCUGUAUCUUCCUGUAAUAACCCAUAUAAUAUUAUGCAAUAUGCCGUAUUUUCCUCUUGUCACUUCCUUAUCACAGUUUCAAGCUGUAAGUAGGUGUGUCUAAGUAAUUCAUUACCUUUCCUGGCAUAAACCAAGGUGUUUGUUUUGGAACUCUGCUAUCUAGGCCUAAUGUUCCUGUCUUUUUUGGUUCUUAUGGCUUAUACAAGUAGCGACCACAUAGUUCUCAGUGUAUGCUACUUGUAUUUCACUUCUUCUUGACAGUUGAACAGGCCUGGAGUGAAAUGCUAGGUAUUUAAACAAUGUGGUGUUUGUAGAGCCCUACCAUACAGUGCAGUUGUUGUGUGGUAUGAUAGUGGGUGCCCUACUAUGUUGUAGAGCCUUUACGAUACAGUGCACCAAUGUAGAAGCCUCAAAGUGUUUGUCUAUCAGAUAUGCAUAAUGUGUUGACCAUCAUGCCUCCUUCAUAUGUAGCCUGUGUGUGUGUGUAGUUAUCUGUGUUCACCCAUUAGAUCUGUAUAAAUGUGUUUCUGUGGCUGUCUGUCAGGUAUCUGAAUGGGCGGUACGGCUCUGAGGACAUAGUGAGGAAAUGGGGGGAGAAGUACAGUGAGGUGUGUAAUGCCAUGGACAUGGUGGGAUUUGAGGAACAGGUAAGACCUCUCAUUGGAAAACUAUCUUUCUCAUCCUCUUACAGUAUGUCAGUCAUAAAAGCAAACUCAUAUUGUCCCAUAUUGUCCUGGGAUUUCACAUGUUCUCCAGGAGUAGAACAUCUGAAUGUACUUUAAUGUUAGACUAAUUGGUUGGUUGACUGAUAAACAAAUGGGUUGAUGGAUAAACUGAUUAACCAAAAGAUAAUUGACCAAUUUAUUUGAUGACGGUAUGAUUGAUUGACAGAUGUAUUGACUGACAGAUGGACUGAUGUAUACUGUAUAUGUUGUGUCAUCAGGAGAAGGUAGACAUGAUGACUAUCCUAGCAGGAAUCCUGUCUCUGGGAAACAUCAUGUUUGAGCCCACAGAGACCGACGCUCUCAGGGUCACCGAGAAGUCCAUGGGCUGGCUCAAAGCCACAGCCGUGAGUCUACUCUACAGCCUUCUCUUUCAUCCUUAUUUUACUUAACAAGAAAAUGGUUUAGAUCAGAGCUCUCCAACCUUGUUCCUGGAGAGAUACCCUCCUGUAGGUUUUUCGCUCCAACUCCAGUUACUAUGACCUGAUUCAGCUUUUCCAACCAGCUAAUUAUUAGAAUCAGGUGUGCUAGAUAACCUACAGGACGGUAGCUCUCCAGGAACAGGGUUGGAGAGCCUUGGUUUAGAUACUGUGGCAAUUAUUACCAACAUUAGGCGAUCUCUUUUAAGCUUAUGGAUUGAUGAAUAAUCAAUGAAAAUUCACCUUUGUCCUUUUUAUCAAUUUAUUCACGUUUGUCCUUGUUUGUUAACAGUUCCCAUUAUCUGAAGUACAGUAAUUACAGAAGCAACAUCUGUUAACAUUUACAAUGUCCUUAUUGACCUGUGGGUGUUUUCCAAAUAGGCAAUUAACAUCUUGCUUGCUUUCCAACAGUAGAGGAGUCCAUCUGUUGGAAUAAUAAUCAUAAUAGAUGUAUACUGAACACGAAUAUAAACGCAACAUGCAACAAUUUCAAAGAUUUGACUGAGUUACAGUUCAUAUAAGGAAAUCACCCACUUGGGAGCCAGGUCCACCCACUGGGGAGCCAGGCCUAGCCAAUCAGAAUUAGUUUUUUUUCCCCACAAAAGGGCUUUAUUAGAGACAGAAAUACUCCUCAGCACCCCCUCAGACGAAGCCACAUGUGGAGGUCCUGGGCUGGCGUGGUUACACGUGAGGCCGGUUGGACGUACUGCCAAAUUCUCUAAAACGAUGUUGGAGGUUAUGGUAGAGAAAUGAAUAUAAAAUUCUCUGGCAACAGCUCUGGUGGACAUUCCUGCAGUCAGCAUGCCAAUUGCACGCUCCCUCAACUUGAGACUGUGGUAUUGUGUUGUGUGACAAAACUGUACAUUUUAGAGUGGCCUUUGAUUUGUCUCCAGCACAAGGUGCACCUAUGUAAUGAUCAUGCUGUUUAAUCAGCUUCUUGAUAUGCCACACCUGUCAGGUGGAUGGAUUAUCUUGGCAAAGGAGAAAUGCUCACUAACAGGGAUGUAAAGAAAUGUGUGGUCAAAAUUUGAGAUAAAUAAUAUUUUUGUGCAUAUGGAAGAUUUCUGGGAUCUUUUAUUUCAGCUUAUGAAACAUGGCACCAACACUUUACAUGUUGUGUUUAUAUUUUUGUUCAGUAUAUUUUAUAUAGUGCCUUUCAUUACAAUUUUUUACAAAAUAAACAAAUAUAGCAUUCUGGCAGUUAUUGGACGAUGGUCUUCCACAGCUUCAGAUGAAAGGGUGAGGCAGUUCAGAAGGGCAGUAGGCCUAGCUUGAGUGGAGGGAGCUGCGAUGGUAGCAAGACGGAGGGAGAUCAGUCCGGUCUGGAGCUCUUCAUCAGGCACCUUGUCUCUGCUCCUCCUCCUCCUCCGUAGGUAGGCUGGUUUGUUAACUAACGAAAAGAUAGCAACCAGCUGGGUGAUGCUUCGGCAACUGUUAAAGCGGCAGAAGACUAGGCGAGCCUCAUCUCCUCACACCGCAGGCCACAACCUUCCAGAAACCGGGGCAGAUGGCACAUAAAGCCGGUGCUGUGUUGUUGCAUCAUUUAAAAUGAUUGCGUAGCCAGCCAGCUAGCUAGGCAAUCCAAACAAACAAACUGAUUUGCCAUUAGUCCAGCAACUCCAUUAGUCAAGACCACCUGUCAGAUAUUUUAACUUGACAACAGUCAAGAAGUUAUAUAUUUACAUAUGUACAGGAGCUCUCUGCUUAGGCUGCUUCACGGCUCUAUUAUAGUGGUUUAAACAGCAGAAGAGAGGGGUUCAAUGACUAAGGUUGGGGGAAAACCUGUAGUGCUGCCAGUCCUGAGCAUACAUAGUAAAAUAAACAAGGGGAUUGUUGAGCCAAUUGCUACAGUCCUCUCCUCACACAAUGACCAUUGACCGUUCUAAUGUGGGCAGCUGCUUGCUCCUGGAGACACAGUGUAGACACUUUUAGCAAAAAGGUUGUGUGUGUGUGUCUUGGUGUGCUAUUCAACUAGUUUGUGUGUGUGUGCAUGAUAUUUAAACGUUCUACUGUGUCCGUUCGUUUGUGUAUGCAUAGAUCCACAGGUGAUAGUGUAUGUAUGUGUGUGUGUGUAUGUAUGUGUGUGUGUGCAUACAUGUGCCUUCUAUUUAAACAGGUGAAUGAUUGCCCCUUCCUCCACAGUAACUCCCCCAUAAGCAGGCCUCCCAGGCAGGCAGACGGUGGUGAUGGUGGGCUGAGCCAACAUCUGGCCAGCUCAGAUAAGACACAGUGCCUGUAAAAGGUCACGAGGGGCUAUAUUUGGAGUUCAAUGGAGAGGUAUUGCUCACAAUGCUAGGUGUACUUCCAACUGACGUAGGUUCAGCUGCCCUUUGCCCUGUUUUAACCGUUAUCAUUAUGAGCAAAACAACGUCACAGACCCUGGUCAUUGAGGUGAUUGGCAGGGGUGAUUAGAGCAUUCUGGCAGCAGGGGUGAUUAGAGUAUGCUAACAGCAGGGGUCCAACCACUGUAAGUGUUUCUCCUUUAGUGAUGCUAAUGCUAAACUGUUGCUAAUAUAGACAAACCCAAAAUGUUGUGUUGCUGACUCUGGUCCACUGACUACUACUGGGUAUACAGCUAUGAGCCAAAUGUAUAGUUUGGUUGAACUAUACCUUUUUGAGGGCUAAUAGUAGUAAAGUAGGACUACAUUGUGAAAUCUAUAGCACUAGGUCGGUUUCCCCUUUUUUGACAUUGAUUAAUUGAAAGUAUCGCUGUCUGAGGAUGGCCUUUGUUUGAUGUGUGGCAGGUUUUUGCAUGCCUAGCAUUGCCAUGACCUUAGCUUUGUAUGUUCAGUAGGGCCAUGUCUGGGUUAAAGGAGCCUUGGGGCUGGGUUAGCAUGGAGGUUGUUUUUGGUUGAAAUGUGAGUGUCACUCACUAUACUUUAUACCAGUGUAUCACUAUACUAUCAGUGGUCUAAACGUUUAAGCGUGGAUUUAUGAACCUGGCAGUGAUUUUGUGUGUGUAAACUAUAAGCUUGUGUGCUUUGUGCGCUUUCUGUGUAGGCCUAUGCUUUUGUGUGUUAAUAUUUGUGUGUGUUUGCCUUCUCAGGGUCAGUUUGGGGUGCAGGAGGAGGAGUUGCUGAGGAGUCUGACCUGUACUCUGUCUGUGACGAGAGGAGAGGCCAUUCGCAGGCUGCACAACCAGCAGCAGGCUGAGGGUAAGGAGAAAAACACUCAAGCACUGGUCCGGGAUCAACUUUCCCUACCACCAUCACCUUAGCCAUUAGGAAGAAGGGCAUGGGUCAGUAUUAACCACCAUGGAUACUAACUGUUCCAUGGUGGUUAAUACUGGGCCCAGUUUCCUCUUUCAUUGGGUCUUUCCAUGAAACUGGAGAGCACAAUAUUUAUGUAGCUACAUACCUGACAAUGCUAGAACACAAGUAUGAAUGAACAUAACAGGACACGGUUGCAUACAGUAAAUGUGCUGUGUCUUUAGCGCUUAUUACUAGUGCCAACCAGGCAUGUCCUUGAGGUACUUGGACAGGUUUGAGUUUUCACCCUAAUGGUUAAGGUUUGGAUUUAGGGAGGGUAAGCUGACCACAACUUCCUCCUAGAGUUUAAAUAAGGCCCAUGUCUGGCUGACCAACUAGUGCAAAUAGAGACUGCUUUUAGCAUCAAUGGGAGAGAAAAAAAGGAGCGGAAGCUGAAUAUGGAAAUGCUAUUAAUAAUGUUUUCAAGAGCGCUUGACUCCAUUAAUAUGUUGUGUGUUUAUCUGCAGAUGCCAGGGACUCCAUCGCCAAAGUGGCUUAUGGGAGAGUAUUCGGCUGGAUCGUCAGUAAAGUUAACGAACUGCUGGCUCCCAACGUUGACUUUGACAUUGAGCUCAGUGAAAUAGGUGAGUUUCAAGGGAAACUUUAAGGCUUCAAAAGUAAUACAAUUCCUAAACUCUUCAUAUGUUUUCUUCCUCGCAAGCAGAGAUGGUCGAUGUCAGAUUGACCAUUCGAUUUUCUUGUUCUAUAAUACAGGUAUCCUCGAUAUUUUUGGGUUUGAGAAUUUCGCUGUGAACCGUUUUGAGCAGCUCUGCAUCAACCUGGCCAAUGAACAGCUGCAGUACUUCUUUAACCAUGUAAGUGUAAAUAUCAGUGCCACAAGGAAGUACAGUGGGGGAAAAAAAGUAUUUAGUCAGCCACCAAUUGUGCAAGUCCUCCCACUUAAAAAGAUGAGAGGCCUGUAAUUUUCAUCAUAGGUACACGUCAACUAUGACAGACAAAUUGAAUUUUUUUUUCCAGAAAAUCACAUUAUAGGAUUUUUAAUGAAUUUAUUUGCAAAUUAUGGUGGAAAAUAAGUAUUUGGUCACCUACAAACAAGCAAGAUUUCUGGCUCUCACAGACCUGUAACUUAUUCUUUAAGAGGCUCCUCUGUCCUCCACUCGUUACCUGUAUUAAUGGCACCUGUUUGAACUUGUUAUCAGUAUAAAAGACACCUGUCCACAACCUCAAACAGUCACACUCCAAACUCCACUAUGGCCAAGACCAAAGAGCUGUCAAAGGACACCAGAAACAAAAUUGUAGACCUGCACCAGGCUGGGAAGACUGAAUCUGCAAUAGGUAAGCAGCUUGGUUUGAAGAAAUCAACUGUGGGAGCAAUUCUUAGGAAAUGGAAGACAUACAAGACCACUGAUAAUCUCCCUCGAUCUGGGGCUCCACUCAAGAUCUCACCCCGUGGGGUCAAAAUGAUCACAAGAACGGUGAGCAAAAAUCCCAGAACCACACGGGGGGACCUAGUGAAUGACCUGCAGAGAGCUGGGACCAAAGUAACAAAGCCUACCAUCAGUAACACACUACGCCGCCAGGGACUCAAAUCCUGCAGUGCCAGACGUGUCCCCCUGCUUAAGCCAGUACAUGUCCAGGCCCGUCUGAAGUUUGCUAGAGUGCAUUUGGAUGAUCCAGAAGAGGAUUGGGAGAAUGUCAUAUGGUCAGAUGAAACCAAAAUAGAACUUUUUGGUAAAAACUCAACUCUUCGUGUUUGGAGGACAAAGAAUGCUGAGUUGCAUCCAAAGAACACCAUACCUACUGUAAAGCAUGGGGGUGGAAACAUCAUGCUUUGGGGCUGUUUUUCUGCAAAGGGACCAGGACGACUGAUCCGUGUAAAGGAAAGAAUGAAAUGGGGCCAUGUAUCAUGAGAUUUUGAGUGAAAACCUCCUUCCAUCAGCAAGGGCAUUGAAGAUGAAACGUGGCUGGGUCUUUCAGCAUGACAAUGAUCCCAAACACACCGUCCGGGCAACGAAGGAGUGGCUUCGUAAGAAGCAUUUCAAGGUCCUGGAGUGGCCUAGACAGUCUCCAGAUCUCAACCCCAUAGAAAAUCUUUGGAGGGAGUUGAAAGUCCGUGUUGCCCAGCGACAGCCCCAAAACAUCACUGCUCUAGAGGAGAUCUGCAUGGAGGAAUGGGCCAAAAUACCAGCAACAGUGUGUGAAAACCUUGUGAAGACUUACAGAAAAUGUUUGACCUGUGUCAUUGCCAACAAAGGGUAUAUAACAAAGUAUUGAGAAACUUUUGUUAUUGACCAAAUACUUAUUUUCCACCAUAAUUUGCAAAUAAAUUCAUAAAAAAUCCUACAAUGUGAUUUUCAGGAAUUCUUUUCCUCAUUUUGUCUGUCAUAGUUGACGUGUACCUAUGAUGAAAAUUAUAGGCCUCUCUCAUCUUUUUAAGUGGGAGAACUUGCACAAUUGGUGGCUGACUAAAUACUUUUUUUCCCCACUGUAGCCCUAUAAUCUAGGGUGUUUCUCUAUUUAAGUUCCCUAAAAUGACAGCCUGUAAGAUUUGUUAACUUAAGAUCCAAACACUUAAAAGAAACACGUGGCCAGCUUGUUUCUUUAUUUAGUAUUAGUAGAGGAACAGGAAAAUUGUGAACAAAGUCUACAAUAGGUUCUGCUUUUUGAAAUGGCUAUAAAUGCCUAUUCAGUGAAAGGCUUCAGAAAAAUAAUGAAUUAGGUCAGAAAGUAUUCACACCCCUUGACUAUUUCCACAUUUUGUUGUGUUACAGCCUGAAUUUAAAAUGGAUUACAUUUAGAUGUUGUGUCACUGAUCUACACACAAUACACCAUAAUGUCAAAGUGGAAUUAUAUUUGUGAAUUUUUUAAAUAAAUGAAUAAAAAUAAAUUAAAACGUUUAAAAACUGUUAGUUUAAUGGCUGUGAUGGGAUAACUGAGGAUGGAUCAACAACAUUGUGUUUACUCCACAAUACUAACCUAAAUGACAGAGUGAAAAUAAGUAAGCCUGUAAAGAAUACAAAUAUUCCAAAACAUGCAUCCUGUUUGCAAUAAGGCACUAAAGUAAAACUGCAAAAAAUGUGGCAAAGAAAUGUACUUUAUGUCCUGCAUACAAAGCCUUAUGUUUGGGGCAAAUCCGACACAACACAUUACUGAGUACCACUCUCCAUAUUUUCAAGCAUAGUGAUGGCUGCAUCAUGUUAUGGGUAUGCUUGCAAUCGUUAAGGACUGGGGAGUUUUUCAGGAUAAAAAAAGAAACGGAAUGGAGCUAUGCACAGGCAAAAUCCUGUGAAAGCUCUUAGAGACUUACCCAGAAAGACUCACAGCUGUAAUUUCUGACAAAUGUGCUUCUACAAAGUAUUGACUCAGGGGUUGUGAAUACUUAUGUAAAUGAGCUAUUUCUGUAUUUAAUUUCUAAAAACAAUGUGUUCAUAUUGUGUGUAGAUGGGUGUAGAUGGGUGAGAAAAAAACAUAUUUAAUCAAUUUUCAAUUCAGGCUGUAACACAUCAAAAUGUGGAAUAAAUGAAGGGGUAUGCAUACUUUCGGAAGGCGCUGUACAUAUGCAUGUGAUGCUGGAGUUAAAGACAGCCUAUUUUUACUAGUCAUGCUGCUGUGGUUUGGAGCACCACGCUCUACUAGUUAACAUUACACAAUUUACCUUGUGAUCACUGAGUAUAUUGAUUCAAAGAUACUGUCCACACGUCCAACAAACAUCCACAGGUAUUUGGUCAAAUGCCAUAGGAAGAACAAAAACCACAAAUACCCACAAACCUUUUUGAGUAUAUUUCCUGAUAUACUUGACUUGCACAUUGAUACACAUGACACCAGAUCAGGAAGAGCAGGCUUUACUUUCUCCCUUAGGCCUGAAACGUGAGGCCUCAUCACCGCCAGCCAUCAAAUGUCCCUGUACCGCUUUUCUUUUUGGCAUACAACAUUUUUAUAGGAAAGGGGAUCUGUUUUUAAUCUCUUGUUCCGCUUUCUCAAAAGGCAGCACAUUUUCCACUCUCAUUUGCAGCUUUUGAGUGCUUCGGUGGGGUGGGGGUAGAAAUCUGCUUCUGAUUAUUUACCAUUGUCGGAUCACUACACUGCAUUAUACGCUGAGUGUACAAAACAUUUAAGAACAAUUUCCUAAUAUUGAGUUGCAACCCCCCCUGCCCUCAGAACAGCCUCAAUUCGUCAGGACAUGGACUGUACAAGGUGUCAAGCGAUCCACAGGGAUGCUGGCCCAUGUUGACUCCAAUACUUCCCACAGUUGUGUCAAGUUGGCUGAAUGUCAUUUGAGUGGUGGACCAUUCUUGAUACAUACGGGAAACUGUUGAGUGCCAAAAACCCAGCAGUGUUGAAGUUCUUGACACAAACCGGUGCGCCUGGCACCUACUACCAUACACCGUUCAAAGGCAAUUAAAUAUUUUGUCUUGCCCAAUCCCCCUCUGAAUGGCACACAUACACAAUCCAUGUCUCAAGGCUUAAACAUCCUUCUUUAACCUGUCUCCUCCCCUUCAUCUACAAUGAUUUGAAGUGGAUUUUAAAAGUGACAUCAAUAAGGGAUCAUAGCUUUCACCUGGAUUAAUCUGGUCAGUGUAUGUCAUGGAAAGAGCAGGUGUUCUGAAUGUUUUGUGCACUCAUUGUAUAGUCAUUUUAUUGGAGUGGACUACAUUAUUUACACUGAACAAAAAUAUAAACGCAACAUGCAUCAAUUUCUAGUUUUUAAUGAGUUACAGUUCAUAUAAGGAAAUCAGUCAAAUGAAAUAAAUUCAUUAGGCCCAAAGCUAUGGAUUUCACAUUACUGGGAAUACAAAUGUGCAUCUGUUUGUCACAGAUACCUUAAAAAGUAGGUGCAUGGAUCAGAAAACCAGUCCGUAUCUGGUGUGACCACCAUUUGCCUCAUGCAGCGCAACACAUCUCCUUUGCAUAGAGUUGAUCAGGCUGUUGAUUGUGCCCUGUGGAAUGUUGUCCCUCUCCUCUUCAGUGGCUGUGCGUAGUUGAUGGAUAUUUGCGGGAACUGGAACACGCUGUCGUACACGUCGAUCCAGAGCAUCCCAAACAUGCUCAAUGGGUGACAUGUCUGGUGAGAAUGCAUGCCAUAGAAGACCUGGGACAUAUUCAGCUUCCAGGAAUUGUGUACAGACCCUUGCGACAUGGGGACAUGGGGCAGAUGAAUGGCACGACAAUGGGCCUCAGGAUCUCGUCAUGGUAUCUCUGUGCAUUCAAAUUGCCAUCAAUAAAAUGCAAUUGUGUUCGUUGUCCUUAGCUUAUGCCUGCCCAUACCAUAACCCCACCGCCACCAUGGGGCACUCUGUUCACAACGUUGACAUCAGCAAACUGCUGGCCCACACGAUGCCAUACACACUGUCUGACAUCUGCCCGGUACAGUUGAAACCGGGAUUCAUCCAUGAAGAGCACACUUCUCCAGUGUACCAGUGGCCAUCGACGGUAAGCAUUUGCCCACUGAAGUCUGUUACGACGCCGAACUGCAGUCAGGUCAAGACCCUGGUGAGAAUGACGAGCACACAGAUGAGCUUCCCUGAAACGGUUUCUGACAGUUUGUGAAGAAUUAUUCGGUUGUGCAAACCCACAGAUUAAUCAGCUGUCCGGGUGGCCGGUCUCAGACGAUCCCGCAGGUAAAGAAGCCGGAUUUGGAGGUCCUGGACUAGCGUGGUUACAUGUGGUCUGUGGUUGUGAGGCCAGUUGGACGUACUGCCAAAUUCUCUAAAAUGACGUUCGAGGCGGCUUAUGGUAGAGAAAUGAACAGUCAAUUCUCUGGCAACAGCUCUGGUGGACAUUCCUGCAGUCAGCAUGCCAAUUGCACGCUCCCUCAAAACUUGAGACAUCUGUGGCGUGUUGUGUGACAAAACUGCACAUUUUAGAGUAGCCUUUUGUCCCCAGCACAUGGUGCACCUGUGUAAUGAUCAUGCUGUUUAAUCAGCUUCUUGAUAUGCCACAACUGUCAGGUGGAUGGAUUAUCUUGGCGAAGGAGAAAUGCUCACUAACAAGGAUGUAAAGUAAUUGGUGCACAACUUUUUAGAGAAAUGGAGACUAAUAAUAUGGAACAUUUCUGGGGUAUUUUGUUUCAGCUCAUGAAACAUGGGACCAACACUUUAAGUGUUGCAUUAACAUUUUGGUUCAGUGUAAUUAAAUGCAUAAGGCUUCAGGGCUUCUUAUGGCGAUUUUGUGACUGAAGGCCACACACAAUUGAUUGUGCCAUCUUCUAAUGAAAUUAUUGGGCAAAGCAGAUUGAUCCUAUGAAAGAUGUUCUCCUGUGACCAAAGCACUUAUGAAAGAAAAUGUGAAUACCUGCUGUAAUUUUGUUUUUUGUUCAUACGUCUUCGUAUGCAUUUGUUGUCCUGCAGCACAUCUUUCUGAUGGAGCAGAAUGAAUACAAGGAGGAGGGCAUCGAGUGGGAAUCCAUUUCCUUCAAAGACAACAAGCCUAUCCUGGUAAAAAUACAUUUCCUCUCAUUUUUCCUCAUCACUUAGUACUCUUUUUCUCUCUCAACCUUUUUUUGUCCCCCUUUUACACCCGCUCUCUCUCCCUUUUCCUCCCCUCUCGCUCAGUAAUAGCACAGACAGGUUGUUUAAACACAGUGUGAGUCUGCCAGACAGAACAGAACAAAGUGACCGAGACCCCAGGAAGGGGUAAUGCUGACAGGGCAGUGUUCAGUCACAUACCAGGAGCUUAAUGGGCACUUCUGCUUUUAGCCUGUGGCCACUGGUUUCAUUUGGCAGAGAAUAGUGUCCCUGUCCAUGACUGAAGGUAUGAGUAGAGCCAGUCUGUAAGCUAUGGGAUAAGAUGGACAUAUUAGGAGUUGUGGGAAGGAUUCUAACGCGAGUUAGGAUUGGGCCUAGGGCGAGUAAUGCACAACCUGGAUCCACAGGUCCUGUUCUGUGUACCCACUCAGUCCUAAUGCCUACAGAGAACUAUAAAACUUCUAGAGCAUUUUACAGUGUAGGGGCCAUAGUCAAUAAAGAUCGGGGAACAUGGUUUUCAGGAUAGGACUGUGAGAAGGCAUGUUUUAAAGUCAUGUAGUUGUGUACCAUGUUUCACCCAGUUAACAGUUGGCGAGAUUAACCGAAAUAUGCAUUUUCACAGUAGAAGAAUGUAUUUGUUUAGGUGUUUUUCCUUGUCUCAUAUACAACUGAUUAAUUUGAUGUGUUUCUCUCCUGCAGGACCUGUUCCUCACUAAACCCAUUGGAAUCCUUUCUCUCCUGGACGAGCAGAGUGCCUUUCCUCAGGUACCUAAGUGGUCUCAAUACUGUUUUUUUGGAAAUUCCCCUCCCCUACAUCUUUGUAUUAAUGUAUAUGUAUUCAUUCAAAUCUCUUUUCCCUAUUUGUCCCCUCAGGCGUCAGACAGAGACUUUGUGGACAAGUUGAACAGUAAAUUUAAAAGCAGUCCCCACUAUGAGGUGGUCCGUAGUCAUAGCCCCCUCUUCACUGUGGUUCACUAUGCUGGGAAGGUGAGGUUACAUUCAUACAUGCCUUUAUAACAAUACUUAAUGUAACUGUCCAGUGUUACCAGUUUUCUAUUAAAUAUGACCUAUAAUUAAUUACAAUGAGUGAAAUAGUUUUCCUUCCACAUUUAGUAAAUUAAGUAUGUUAAAAAGCAGCUUUUCUGACAACAGAAUGGUGUGGUCGUACCCCAACAACAGAAUGGUGUGGGUGCACACUGGUCUUUAAAAAUAGUCAUGCAAAUAUUCAGGUCGACCGCUAAUUGGCCAGCUCAUCCUCCUCAGGAGGAUGACAUCGUCCUCUAUGAGGACAUAGCAAUCAUUUUUUUAACUGUCUGUUUGAGAUACACAUUUGAGAUGGGUUUUUUGAAGGGUACCCCCCCACAAAUACUAGUAUAUGAUGAGUCAACAACAUUAUUUGGGUAUGAGUUAACAUAAUAUUAACUCUUAAAAGUUAGAUUUUCACUGGACAGUUACUUGUAUAAUGCAUUAUGAGUUAUUAUGUGUGUUUAUAACUACAUCUAUACUACAUCAGGACUGCAUUAUAACUCAUUAUGAGUGUGGUUAGGAAGCAUAUGGGCUUCAAAUAAAGUGUAAGUUAAUUCUCUCCUUUGUGUGUCCAGGUCCAGUAUAAUGGAGUAGGUUUCCUAGAGAAGAACAGAGACACCAUCCCAGCCAGCAUCAGAAGCCUCUUCAUCAACAGUGUCACCCCCCUACUCAGUCUCCUCUUCGCAGGUACAUGAGGGAAUCUGAAUGUUUCUGUAUUCAACAGCUCUGCACUUUGCCAGAAAUGACCUACGUUUUUAUCACUGCACAAUCGUCGAUUUAUGUACGUCUGUGUACACAGUGAUUUGUUAAACUGUAGCUAUUAAAUCAGUUCUGUAAACAUGCGUAACAUGGAUCAGAGCUCAUACACAAUGACGUGGGCUGGUUUCCAAUGAGGAUUUGUGGACAAAUACACCCCCUGACCUCUUCUUAGAAAACAAUGUAGGAUUUUUAAAAUAAUUUAAUGGUUACUGUUAUCUGAACACACCACCAUAACAUUCACAGACUCUGGUCAGUUUGAGAAUUGUUCUAGUUUAAAACAUUGAUCACUGUCUGGCAUCUCGCAUCUAAUAUUCACAUAUGAUUCAUAUUUGAUGUCUUUUCAGCCACAAUCUCCAGGACAGGGACCUUGAUGCCACGCAAAGCCAAGGUAGGCACUGUAGAUCAUAGUCCAGUUUGAAAUAAAUUCACGAAGUGCAACAGAAUAUGAUAUACAGUAGAUUCUGUAGAAUAAAUUACUUUUGGUUCCAAACAGCCAGGGUCAUAUUUGGACCUUUCUUACAGGGCAAAUCAGAGCCAGAAUGUGGGUUUAAACGAUGUUUAAUCAUUUUUCUUUUAGCUCAUGCAAAAGGCAGAUGACAACUUUAACUCAACUAGGAAACAGUCUGUGGGGGCCCAGUUUAAGGUAAGGCAUACGUUGACUUUAUGUUACACAUCUGGAUUUAUAAACCUCUUAUUUCUGAGCGUUAGAUUUCAUAAUGAUGUCUGAGUACUAAAUAUGAACAAUACUGAAAAUAUGCCUACCAAUAGACUGAACUGCUGUAAAAUAAAGAUGCACAGAUAAUGAUUAGUAAUCUCCACUAUGUGUAUGUGUCAUACGUUCAGCACUCUCUGGCUGUACUGAUGGAGAAGAUGUUUGUGGCCAGUCCUCACUUUGUCCGCUGCAUCAAACCUAACGGUAGCAAGCUUCCUGACCAGGUGGACAACAAAAUAGUAAUGGACCAGGUGAGAACCAAUAUUUAAUAUAUUAUUUUAGAUGUACUGUACUGUACUGUAGGCAUGUCUACCUUACAUUGGAGAUGAAAAAGGUAGCAGCCAAAGCUUCAGUAUUUCCCCUAGCUAGAUUAUUUCCUAGGCAGGGUGCACAGGCCUGAAAUAAUACCAGUCCUUUUGUGCAUUUAACGUUUGACCCCUUUUUCAGAAUAAUCAAUGCUUUCAAAAGCUAAGCAAAUGGUGCAUUACAAAAGCUAUGUGAACAGUGCAUAGUUGUCAGUGCUGAAAGUUAUAUGUAUAACGCAGUAUCGAUACAUUGUGGGGAUUGGGCCAACUUCAGAGUCAGGGUUGUGUUCAAUAGGCACGAAAUGGAAGAAAACGGACUGAAACUAUCUGAACUUGACCAAUAAGAAACGCUUGUUUUCCUUCUCCUUUACAAAGCGUUUUGCUUCAGUGUGCCCUAAUGAACAAGACCCAGUCCCCAGUAUGCUAAUCAGUGGUUGGCUAAGCAGCAGCAUCUAGGUACUAGUUUAGUAGGUCAGUGUCUGACUGACUGACGGGGCGGUGUGUUCAUAGGAAGUGGAUUUGGCCCCAGAAGAGGGUUAGUAUAGCCCUGAUGAAACAAUGAAGCUGGUUAAUACCCUGUCGUCAGUGAACACUGCUGUCUAGUCUGACAGUAGGGGGCUUUCUUCCCUCCCCUCUCCUCAUCCACAAUCAAUGCUUUUUAAAUGUGAUUGUCUAGGCCUGAACUGAUAUAACACUGCAAUGCAGUAUUGGCGGGUGGGUAGACAAUGGUUUAACUGGAACUAUGGUUAAUAACUGUGAAAUUGUGGUGGAUAAUCUAUGUUAAAGCUGUGCUGUAGCUCUAUUGCCCUCCAUAAGCAAGACUAGGUUAAGCCUAGGUUAAGACUAGGUUAAAUAGUUGUCAAUCCAAAGCUUUUUGACCAUCCAUAUGUGCUUUUUAAACAAUCCCGCCCCCUUAUCAUCAUCAUCAUCAUCAUAACUGUGCUUAUGCUACAUCGCCACCUGCUGUUCAGCUUUGACAUUGCAUUUAGUUGUUAAAGUAAGUCCAGUAGGUAUCUGAUAUGGGCAUCAAUUACACCUGAUUCUGCUUGGGGUAUGUGGAACAUAUUUAUAUGAUAGCAAAGGAUUAUUUAAUUUUUUUUCCAGCUAAGAUACAACGGCCUGCUGGAAACCAUCAGGAUACGAAGAGAUGGCUUCUCCUGGCGACCAUCGUUCAAAGAAUUUGCUCAGAGGUAUGCAUUACUUGUAACAUGGCUACUGUAAUCUUGGCCAACACACAAACGUGGAUGCAUGAUAUUGCUGUGCACUGCAGUUUUAUUUUCAGUGCACCAUGCUAAAAUCUUCUGUUUCCCCUCUUCAGGUACAACAUUCUGCUGAUAAAGCCAGAUUUACCACUAACCAAGGAAAGGUAUAAAGACACUUGCACUCAUUCCUGCAAUUAAAAAAAGAUGACAUACACCAACAUCAUGUUGAGUGAUUUCAUAGACAUUUGUACAGCACUUUGUUCCAUCUUAUUAAAUGUAACCUGUGUGGUUUGUCUUUUUCAGCUGCAUGUCUAUUCUCAACACAACUGAGAUACAUGGCUGGAAGUGUGGGUAAGGCUUCAUUAGUUGCUCUUGUUGUGUUAAAUGAAUUGGCUAAGAAAAUUAUUUGCCACAAUCGGUCUGAGAAGACGAACUUCCUUACUGCUGAAUCUUCCUGUAACAAAGCUUUCAUAAUUUCAUCAAAGCAUGUUUUUAUGCUGGAAAGAACAAGUCAGUGAAUAGUUUAUUUAGAUUUCAGUUUCAAUACAUUUGGAUCGCUGCCUCCAUUGAGACAUGGGAACACUCAUUACUGAUAAUUCUCCCAGGUUCCAACUCGCCUAGUUCAACAUUCAAUUUGAAGUCUUCUAAAACUGUCAACUGCUAAUCAGUCUGCCAAAAACAGCUCAUUCUUCAGUUAACACCUCAGUGUUGUCUUUGGCUUGUGAGGACAGCUCAGGGUUUAUAUUGAGUAAGGAUCUUUAUCUCAAUUGCACUCUUUCACCCUCUCGGUCCCUGCUCUUGCUUUCUCCUGCUGUGUGGCUCUUUAGAAAUGUCCUAAAAUUACACUACAUUACCAAAAGUAUGUAGACACGUGCUCGUUGAACAUCUCAUUCCAAAAUCAUGGGCAUUAAUAUGGAGCUGGUCCCCCCCCUUUUCUGCUAUAACAGCCUCCACUCUUCUGGGAAGACUUUCCACUAGAUGUUGGAACAUUGCUUCGGGGACUUGCUUCCAUUCAGCCACAAGAGCAUUAGUGAGGUUGGGCACUGAUUUUGGGCGAAUAGGCCUGGCUCGCAGUCGGCGUUCCAAUUCAUCCCAAAGGUGUUCGAUGGGGUAGAGGUCAGGGCUCUGUGCAGGCCAGUCAAGUUCUUCCACACCGAUUGCGACAAACCAUUUCUGUAUGGACCUCGCUUUGUGCAUGGUGGCAUUGUCAUGCUCAAACAGGAAAGGGCCUUCCCUAAACUGUUGCCACAAAGUUGGAAGCACAGAAUCGUCUAGAAUGUCAUUGUAUGCUGUAGCAUUAAGAUUUCCCUUCACUGGAACUAACCAUGGAAAAACAGCCCCAGACCAUUAUUCCUCCUCCACCAAACUUUACAGUUGGUACUAUGCGUUCAGGCAGGUAGCAUUCUCCUGGCAUCCGCCAAACCCAGAUUCGUCCGUCGGACUGCCAGAUGGUGAAGAGUGAUUCAUCACUUCAGAGAACGCGUUUCCACUGCUCCAGAGUCCAAUGGCAGCGAGCUUUACCCCACUCCAGCUGACGCUUGGCAUUUUGCAUGGUGAUCUUAGGCUUGUGUUCGGCUGUUCGGCCAUGGAAACCCAUUUCAUGAAGCUCCCAACUAACAGUUAUUGUGCUGACGUUGCUUCCAGAGGCAGUUUGGAACUCGGUACUGAGUGUUGCAACCGAGGACCGAUGACUCAGCGGUCCCAUUCUGUGAGCUUCUGUGGCCUACCACUUUGCGGCUGAGCUGUUGUUGCUCCUAGACGUUUCCACUUCACAAUAACAGCGCUUACAGUUGACCGGGGCAGCUCUUGCAUGGCAGAAAUUUGACGAACUGACGUGUUGGAAAGGUAGCAUCCUGUGACGGUGCCACGUUAAAACUCACUGAGCUCUUCAGUAAGGCCAUUCUACUGCCAAUGUUUGUCUAUGGGGAUUGCAUGGCUGUGAGCUCAAUUUUAUACACCUGUCAGCAACGGGUGUGGCUGAAAUAGCCAAAUCCACUCAUUUGAAGGGGUGUCCACAUACUUUUGUAUAUAUAGUUUUAUGAAUAUGGCUUAAUGACAGUACUGAAGUUGAUUGGAAAUCUUUCUUUCUCGAAUGUUCUCUCUGAUUUAAUAGUGCUGUAUGCAACAAUUCCCCGUGCAAAUACCACUUAAUAUCUAUAAACAUUGUUUUUAAACUGUCUCUCUCGCUGUCUCUUUCUGUGGCAGUUCGUCUCGUAUGUUCUUUAAGUAUUGGCACCAGGAGGAGUUGGCCAGGCUGUUGGAGAGACUGGGCAAGGCAGCACUUGUCAUCCAGAAAGGUAAGGGCCACAAACCAUAGUAUCUGGAACAUAAUCUCUCAAAUGUCUGUCAAAGUAAUUUAUUUGGCCUCUGUGAGAUGUUGCUGCUUUUAAACUCAGGCCUGAGGGUAAAAACCCUCUCAGGGAGGUAGACUAGGUUAUAAUCAUUGAAGUAAACAUUGAAAUAAAUCACGAUGGGACAUGAUUAAACAAACAUUACCAUCAGCAAGUUACAUGCAGUGCUACCCUCAGUCUUUGCGUUGCAACCCCCCACCCCCCUGCAAGAUGGAUGAUCGUUUCUAUGGCAUACUGUCUGGUAUCUUGAUUUCAUGGCCUGUGCUUACUGUAGCAUCAUUUUGCGUGUAAUGUGGUCCUUUAUCACAAAUACAAAUAAAAUCACAUUUUAUUGGUCACAUACACGUGUUUAGCAGAUGUUAUUGCGGGUGUAGCGAAAUGCUUGUGCUUCUAGCUCCGACAGUGCAGUAAUAUCUAACAAGUAAUAUCUAACAAUUUCACAACAUAUACCCAACACACACAAAUCUAAGUAAGGAAUAAAUUAAGAAUAUAUACAUAUGGACAAGCAAUGUCAGAGAAGCAUGGACUAAGAUACAGUAGAAUAGUAUAGAAUACAGUAUAUACAUAUGAGAUGAGUAAUGCCGAUAUGUAAACAUUAUUAAAGUAGCUAGUGUUCCAUUUCUUUAAAGUGGCCAUUCAUUAGUAAUGUUUCUCUCCUCCCUAUGUCUCUCUCCUUUCUACGUCUCAUCACUGCAUCUCUCACUCUCUCUCUUCACAUUCUCACUGUUGCUGUGUGUUUGCAGACUACCGUUCACUGCGCUGCAGGAGGAAGUACCUGUCCCUGCUGGCGGAGGUGCACAGACAGAGGCAGGCCCAGAGAGAGAGGGAGGAGAGAGAAGCCAGGGAGUUGGAGGAGAAGAUGAGGAAGCAGGAGCUGGAGGAGGAGAUGAGGAGGCGACUGGACAUGGAGCAGGAGAACAAGAGUAAGGACACAGAAUAUCGUUUUCCUUCUAUCUCUUUCUCCCUCUCGUCUCUUACUCACCAACCGUGCAUUCGGAAAGUAUUCAGACCCCUUCACUUUUUCCACAUUUUGUUACGUUACGGCCUUAUUCUAAAAUGGAUUACAUUUUUAAAAGUCAGCAUCAAUCUACACACAAUACCCCAUAAUGACAAAGCGAGAACUGGUUUUUAGAAAUGUUUGCAAAUGUAUUAAACAUAGAAAACAGAAAUACCUUAUUUACAUAAGUAUUCAGACCGUUUGCUAUGAGACUCGAAAUUGAGCUCAGGUGCAUCCUGUUUCCAUUGAUCAUCCUUGAGAUGUUUCUGAAACUUGAUUGGAAUCCACCUGUGGUAAAUUCAAUUGAUUGGACAUAUAAGGUUCCACAGUUGACAGUGCAAAAACCAAGCCAUGAGGUUGAAGGAAAUGUCCGUAGAGCUCCGAGACAGGAUUGUGUCGAGGCCCAGAUCUGGGGAAGGAUACCAAAAAAUGUCUGCAGCAUUGAAGGUCCCCAAGAACACAGUGGCCUCCAUGAUUCUUAAAUGGAAGAAGUUUGGAACCACCAAGACUCUUCCUAGAGCUGGCCGCCCGGCCAAACUGAGCAAUCGGGGGAGAAGGGCCUUGGUCAAGGAGGUGACCAAGAACCCGAUGGUCACUCUGUGGAGAUGGGAGAACCUUCCAGAAAGACAACCAUCUCUGCAGUACUCCACCAAUCAGGCCUUUAUCAGGCCAAGCUUGUAGUGUCAUACACAAGAAGACUCAAGGCUGUAAUUGCUGCCUACUUGUUCUCUCUCUCCCUACCACUGUUCAAUUUUUGUUCUUUACCUCCACCCUUCUCCGAACUCUUUCUCUCUCUACCCCUCUAUGUGCACGUUGACAAAUACAUUUCAGUAUGACUUAAAUAAAGAAUUCAGCAUUCAAGAAUGUGUAAGGAUCCUUGUCACUCACUGUAUGUAUACACUGAGUGUACAGAACAUUAAGAACAUCUUCCUAAUAUUGAGUUACACCCCCGCCCCCCCACACUUUUGCCCUCAGAACAGGCUCAAUUCGUCGGGGCAUGGACUCUACAAGGUGUCGAAAGCGUUCCACAGGGAUGCUGGCCCAUGUUGGCUCCAAUGCUUCCUAUAGUUGUCAAGUUGGCUGGAUGGCCUGUGGGUGGUGGACCAUUCUUGAUACACAGGAAACUGUUGAGCAUGAAAAACCCAGCAACGUUGCAGUUCUUGACACAAACCGGUGCGCCUGGCUACCCCGUUCAAAGGCACUUAAAUAUUUUGUCUUGCCCAUUUACACUCUGAAUGACACAUACACAAUCCAUGUCUCAAUUGUCUCAAUGCUUAAAGAUCCUUCUUUAACCUGUCUCCUCCCUUUCAUCUACACUGAUUGAAGUGGAUUUAAAAAGUGACAUCAAUAAGGGAUCAUAACUUUCAGCUAGAAUCACCCAUGUCAGUGUAUGUCAUGGAAAGAGCAGGUGUCCUUAAUGUUUUGUACAGUCAGUGUAGCUUUAACCGGGGUGUCUGUGUGUCUCAGGGCCAUUCUCUCCACCCGUGCCCCUACCCAGGAAGAAGAAGCCACAGCCCCGGCCUCGCUCCAUCCUGCCCACAGCUAUCCACCUGGCCCCUGUCCCACGGCCCCGCAGCAAACCAUUUGAGGUGAGCCAUACUCAAGAGUCUACACUGGUAACCUUUAUUUAAUUGAGAACUGUAAGAAGUAAUUUGCAGGAAGGAAUCUCAUGUUGUCUCUCUGUUAUAAAUAUCUCUGGUGCUAGCAAGCACUGGCUAGCACGCAGACAGCAUGUUAGUGGGAACCAUGCUAUUGACUGAUCUUGUACCCUACGACAAUCGCCCUCCCACUCUAUACACUGACAUCCACUCCCAGUCUUUGAUGACUAAAUUUGACCCUAAACUGAGCCUUAAAUGACCCUAAGAUUUACCCUAUACGGUUCCCUCUGUCUCUCCCAGGCCACUCCCUUUGACAACCUGGAGGUGCACAUUGAACUGGCUGAGUUGGUGGGCCAGGCAGGGGGAGAGGAGCGGGCCAGGGAGAGGAGCAAGAAGAGGAAGAACACCAUCCGCUGGUUCAAGGAGACGCAGGCCCGCAAGGUGGUCCACAAUGGAGCCUUCCCCUGCUGGUUCCAUGGCAUGAUCACACGCAGGUCAGUAAGAGAGGAUGCCAAACACACAUGCACAUGUACGCACAUUCUCAUUCAGAUUUCAUUGUGGUUUUAACAAGUCUUUCUGUGUAUGUCUCCUCUACAGACAAGCAGAGGAUCUUAUGACGGACAAGCCUGUGGGCUGCUUUCUGAUUCGUGUGGGACAGAGCCGGGAGGGCUACACACUAACAUACAAGUAAGACUGAGGAUGACAAACUGGAUUUAAACAUAUGUGUCAUUUGGUGGAUGAAUCUAAGACAUUAAACCCCUAACCUCCCGUUUGGCCCUAAUCCUUUGUGACCUAUGUGUACCCUUUACCCUCUGACCUUGGCCUCUCCGUCUAUCCGCUGUCAGGGGUGCGAACCGCUGCAGGCACUUUAUGAUCGAGAUGCAGUCCAACGGGAAGUAUGUGAUCCUGGGGGAGGAUAAGGCUCACCCCUCCCUGCCUGACCUGGUGCAGCACCACAGCCGGUUGGGCAUCAAGCCCUUCAACGAGCUGCUUACCACCCCCUGCGGACAGGUCAGCAUCGGGUCAAACACCCUUUAGGGUCUGGCUCCUGUCAAAUACUGUCUUGAAUAUACCCACAGUUGUAACAGGGUCUGCCAGGAUCUGUGUGUAAUAUUAAACAAUAAGAAUGAAUCAUCAAACAUUUAUGCAUUUGAUGUAGUCUGGGAAGAGCCAUGAGCUGUUAUGAAAGCUUAUAGCAAGUGUUCUACAAUCUACAUGCAUGCACUGUUCCAGAUUUAAUGUAAGCUAAUUUUAAUCUGUUGUUUCAGACAUGUGACCAGAACACAGACUACGAGGACUUGAAGGGCUUGGACCUCCUGGCUUCAGCCGACCACGGGAGCUCCAAGUCUGGGGAGGAGGAGGAGGGCGAGUCGACCCCCGUCCACCUGGAGCUACAAAGGCUCUUCCUGCCCCCGGGGCAGAGCCCCAGCCUGGAGUCCCAGAGACCCCCUGUCCUCAGGCGGAUAUCUGACCACAGACACCGGGCCGAGGCUAGAGGAGGGGAGGCCCGCGGAGGGAGGGACAGGGAGAGAGGAGAGUGGGAAGAAGAGGAGGACAAGAGGGACCACAAGAGCAGGCCCUUCCCCCGGUUGUAUCCUUCCAUCCGAUUGGCUAUGAGGGAGAUCCAGCAGAUCCAACAGGUGAGAGGCAAUGAUGAGGAGAGGGAAGAGGGAGAAAGGAUGGAUAAAUGGAGGGAGAGAUGUAGAGGCAGACUUAAUGUGAUUGGACAGAUGGUGUAGAGUUGAAUGGCCUAUGUAUUAAUGCUGGAUCCAGGUUAUCAUUGUUUCUCAAUGAAAUUACACACAUCUUCUUGAAAUGUCAGUCUAUAGAACUGGUUGGGUACAUUUUGGUCUAUUGCUAGAACUGGUGUAGGUACAUCUGCGUAUAGAUAGCAGUCAGGAUAUGGUGUUGUUGAACCAUUAAAGGGUGUCUGCACAUCCUGAUUUGGCCUUGUUUUUUAUCAAUGCUCAUUAAGAAAUGCUAGCGGCCAUGACUGAAGGCAAACAAGAGUUGUCUUGGGGGGUGUGGUUUGAUGCGGGUGUUUCUGGGGUGUUUUUGCCAUUCAAUCACGACACAAGGACAGUAGCUAGCCAGUUCGAGUUGAAACAUUGUUGAAAGCAAGCUGGCAACAUGCGUCAAACGUUGUCAGGUUUGCGUGAUUAUGAGCUAGCUAGCUAACGUUAGCUACCAGGGAGCAAACCUGUCUUCAGGUACAAUGUUAGCUAUGCAAAUCUUCCUCUCAAAUUGCAUGUUAGGCACAUGUAUUUAGCUAGUUACCUCACAGUAUUAUAGGCUAUGCCGCUAUGAUACAAAGCUACCAAAUAAUGAUGUAGCUAGCUAGCUAUAAACAAAACUUCUCUACUUACCUGUGGUGUAUUGGAGGGUAUACGCCAUAUACCCACUUAUUUUUCUGUGGGCACUGCGUAUACUCACAUGAACUCCCUUAAUGUGUAUCAAAGUAGUAUAGUGGAGAUACAGUGUAUACGCCAUAUUCAUUAAUAAGGCUGAUGGAACAGUUCAGAAUGUUUAGCUUAAAAUGUUGAUAAACUUUGUUCACAUUUUAGGCGCAGCAGUGUGCACACGGCGGUAGACAUGCGUGUGAAUGUUCCAAAAUUCAAUUUGCGGGAAAAUACAGUUCUAAAAUGCACACCACACAUGCGAGCGGUUUCAUGGAUAGAGAUGGAAAUAGCCGUUAGAAAUGUAGAAAGAAAUAAAAAAAUGCUACAACCAUCAAGGUUUGCUAAUAUGACUAGGAUAAUGCCUUUGGCUGCUAGACAAUGAAAGAAAGUUGAAAGAAACCCAAUAGAACAGGAGAACGCAUACGAGGAAGUCUUUAUAAAAUAAUUGUCUCCACGUUUCUAUGGUGCAUUUUGGCUAUAUAGGGUACUUUGAAGAAAGGUAAGACAUGCCUCAUAAUAUGAAGUAAAACUUCCAGGUUUCAAACAGGAAAAGGAACAAGAAAAUAUAGCAAUGCUAAUGAUAGGCCCAACAGUCUUCUGGUAGAUGGAAUGGCUUUCCCAAAAAUCUUCUCAAUUAAGUGUUAACUAGCUACAAAGUAGCCUAUGCCUUCCUGGCAGAAUGAAAUUAUAUCAUGAUUAUUUACAUCAAUCCAGUGGCCAUUUGUUUAGCAAGCUCCAUCUCAUGUGCUACAGAAACACUGCUAACCAAACAACAGUGCUAGGUGUCUGUGCACUUGAAUUAAAGGGUAACUCAAAUAAACAUUUCUUAGAUUUUACCCAGUCCUCAAAAGUGGUCUACUGCAUUGUUAUGGACUUAGAACAUCCAAUGUUGUUUUUCAACAAAAAAAAAAGUGUGACCUUGAGAGCAAAAACCUGAAAAUAAUUGAAUAAAUCUGAAACCUGUGUAUUUCUGACGGAGUUGACAGCCUUCUAAAUCUAGCUACAUAUUACACUUCCAUCCUCUCAGGCCAGAGGCACAAUGUGUGAAUUAAUGGUUGGAUCAGAAUUGCCAUUAUAAUCAUUGGCCAGUACGGAGAAUUAAGUAAAAGUCCAAAUCCCUAUCUCCAUCCAUGGCUAAUGUAGGAAAGUGCCAAUUUUAGCUAGCUAGCUAGCUAGCUAGCUAGCCACUGGAGGACAGCAACACAACGAGAUGCAACAAUUCAAGUUGUUUCUGUCAAUGACGUAUGCGCUCGAUGCGAUUUGAUAGGAGCAAUGCCAAAUCCAAACUGGCUUCCCUUAACACUUUUUUUGGUGCGCCAGGACCUUUCACAAAACAGCUCACUCAGUUUAGCUCAACCCUGAUUGGUUACUAUCUAAUACUUUUUUUUUUAUCAAGGGAGGCCAAAUGCUCGCUGGCUUCCCUUGCAUUCAAUGCUACAGGCGGCAACAAUGUCAUACUCUUUAUGACCAGACAGCAUCAGAUAGAUGGCUUACAGAGACAGAUAGACGCUGUUUCGCUCGCUUGGAUGCUUUCUCCGGUGAGAUACAUUCAGCCUCUUGCGAAUUGAAGGAAAUUAUGUAACACUUUUUGGGGGAAGCCUGGCUUCCCUUGGCUCCAUGAAUACACACCACUGUUUAUGACCAAAAUUAUACUAUUUACACUUUGUAGUCAAUUUUGAAAGAAUAAUGAAUGUUUCUGAUUCAUAUUGAUGCCACAUAGGCUGUUUAAAACCAGAUAAGUUGGUUCUAAGGAGCAGUUGACCUUUAAAAUAACUAGACUGUAGGCCUAGUCUCUAAAACAUGGUUUCCCAAACUCGGUCCUGGGGCCCCCCCUGGGUGCACGUUUUGGUUUUUGCCCUAGCUCUACACAGCUGAUUCAAAUAAACAAAGCUUGAUGAUGAGUGCUAGUGCAAAAACCAAAAUGUGCACCCGGGGGGGCUCAGGACCGAGUUUGGGAAACCUUACUCUAAAACAUGUCAGUACAAGCCCCAUCUGAAAGAUCACGCAACAUACCACCUAACUAUUCACGAUUGCCAAUUGGCUUUUUGAAUUGAUACACUGUAGGUUGAACCGUCUUUGUUUUUUUCCAAACCACCCCAGAUCAUUUCUGGGAAUCAUGGUUGAUUUUUAGGAGCUGAUUUUUUAAUGAGAAAACAAGAUUAGCCAAACUGACACAAUGAAUGUGCCCCAAGUGUUCAUUUAAUAUCCAUUAAUAAAGAAAUGUGGAUGAAUUUGUGAUGUUGUCUGUCUUGUGUCUCUGCAGCAUUUUCCAGAUGGCCAGGAUCAGAGCCCCUCUGUCUCUCACAGUACCCCCAACCCCUCCUGGAGAAUGACGGGUAAGUCAUAGUUCUGGCCUGCAGGGCAUAACAUUGUGCAAUAUAUUGUGUGCAGACAUGUCUCUGUCAUGUGUAAUAGGGAAUUAUGUCAGCUCUAUUCAUUGACAUUUCAUUACUAUACCACGCUGCCUCCCACAACCCAGCACACCAUAAUUUUGCCUGUCUGAGUGUGCAUGCCGUUGUUCUUGCAUGUAUUUUUAUAUACAUAUAAAUAACCAACACCUUCUCAAGCAGAAUCAAGUAUUUAGCCAAGCAGUGGUUUACACUGACUUAUGCUAUUUUUGUGUCUGUUGCAGAUUCAUAACCCAUGGGAUGGAGGGAGUUAAUGCUAUUUGUUGUUUUUGCCAAACUGAAUGAGUUAACUGGACCAUAUUCUGUCAAAGCUAUAUCCAGGUUUUAUGAACAAAUUGUAAGGAGAUACUUCCUUGUUUACUAGUAUUUUAUUUGUUGUGUUUUAUUUUGUAACGAUUUUAAUUUAAGGGUGUUAAAGGGUUU